AUGAAUCGCCGAGGGGCGGGGCAGGCCGCCCAUCUCAUCGGGGCCACCCCUCCGCGCAGCGAUCACAACAGCCCUUGUUGUUUCGUAGCCGGUUGCUUUCAGUCCUCUCUCUCCCAAAUCCUAAGAAAAUGGCCACUCAUGGGAAUGUACCCGACUCGCCACUCUGUCUACGUUGGAAACAUCCCCUAUCAGACCACUGAGGAUGCAAUCGGAAAUCACUUCAGCCAAGCUGGAAACGUUACCAACGUGAGAAUCGUCUAUGACCGUGAAACUGGUCGCCCAAAGGGCUUUGGAUUCUGCGAGUUCUCUGAUGAAGCUGGAGCUCAAAAUGCAGUCAACACCCUCAAUGGAACGGAUUUCAAUGGCCGAUCACUUCGAGUGAACUACGCUAACAAGAACUGA